UGCAUCGAUAUUUCUUAUUUCUUUAUUCCACCUCUACUGCACGUGUGCUUUUGGUAAUUUUUUAAAAAUAUUUGGAUUUCCGAACGCCCCAUGAAAAAAAAAAUGGAGGAAAAUCUUUUUCGACGCCAGGCGAAAGAACCUCGGCGCCAAUUUCUGGAGGAGGAACAGUACGAGGAGAUGACCUCGGACGUGGCUGCUCGCGAGUGCUGCGGCGAUGCUUUUUACGACUUUGAUGGUCACACCGACGACGCUUGGCUGAUGCAGUGUCCCAAGGGUACAGAUCCACUUCUGAUAGCCGGCAAGCGCAUAAAGCUGCCUGGGAGGAAGAGCAUAGGCGAUCUCCAGGUGCGUGCUGUCAAAAACUCGACGCUGCAGAGCGAGGCAGUGGGCUAUAUGAGCUCCAAGGGUAUCUAUGCACUCCGGAGAAUACCCCUUGCCGGCUAUGUAGUAGUCAGCAAGCGCCUAUAUAAUAAGCAACCGGUAACAGGUCAGAAGGAUGAGCUCAUUCCCGCUGACGUAACGCCACCCAAGUACCUAUUACGAGUUCGCCAUCCCUUAUUCGGGCGCAGCUACAAACAUAGCAUCCAAUUACCGAAGAUGAUUUCAAUGUCUCUUUGUCAGGCGGACGAAAAAAUCCUGGAAGUCACUGCCAAGAUGUGGCGCACUGCUAACUACUACAAUAUCCGUAGCAAGCUGCUUAACACCACUCAAACGCUAGAACAAAAAGAGAACGAUGUGCGGCAGUCGGUGCUUACCGGGCGCACGCCACAGUUCAUGAAGGCAACCAUUAUCCCAGACCUUUUUGCCGAAAAGGAAAUCGAAGAAAAAGUACUGACCCCGGCAGGCGAUGCUAGUCCCGCCAAAAGGCGAAAAAAAUAUAAUUCAGACGGUCACGAGAAAGGGGAAAUACUGGAGGAAAAUGCUAUCGCCAACAAGAAAAAAAAGAAGCAUAAAUCAAAUCAUUAAAGCAGAAUUGAGUUUAAUAUAGUGGAAUAUGAAAAAACGUGUCAAACGUACAUUUUUAACCAAAUUUGUUUUUUUUUGUAAUAAUUGCAUAAAAAGUCGUCAAAAUAAAUCAGUAGCGGAGAAAGGGUGGUGAAGGUAACGAAUAAAGGAAGCAAAUAUACAGUAAAUUAAAAAAUACUAAAAAUA